GUCGGUUUACACGCUCACUUCACUCGCACACCACACGGUCCUGCCGGUGGACCUCCAGAAGGGCAGUUUUGUUUCUUUUCCCCGUCAUUGUGGGGUGGGUGUGUUUUUCGGCUUGUCUGUCGCCUCGUUUGGUGUCCGUGCGGCGGAACUGGAGGAGCGAGGUGACGGUAGAAUGGGCAAAACCUUCUGGUUUCCACUGUAACUCUGGAAAUGGAGCCCACAUUCCCGCGGGGAGACAAAGAUGAGGUCCAUGUGGAGGAGCCGGGCCGUAUGCGUGCCGUGAGGAUGCGCGGUGAGGGGCUGCUGUGGGACGACCCUCUGCACUUCUCGUGGCUGAUGGAGGCCGAGCCGUUCACAUCCUCGGUGCAGGCAGGCGGCCCCGUGCCCGUCGCCGCCAUGACGCUAGAGCAAAAGACCACCUUUGCCUUCGUCAUCUUCCUCUUCGUCUUUCUCUGCAUGCUGAUCGUGCGCUGCUUCCGCAUCCUGCUGGACCCCUACCGCAGCAUGCCCACCUCCACCUGGGCCGACGGCCUCGACGGCCUCGAGAAGGGCCAGUUCGAUUACACGCUGGCAUAGAGGAGGCACAAGGACACUAGAAACGCUUCCGAAAAUUACAGCUAGCUAAAUAAAUAACACAUCAAACCUACAGUAAGUGAUGAGUACAGGCAAUCUGUGUGUGGUACAUGUAUAUUCCACAUAUUACUAGAAACACUCUAGUCAGAAAUAAAGAAGUUAAACUAGGUGCAUGAAUAGAGAAAAGCCAAACUUGGGACUGGGGGGGUAGCAAAUACUCAUUUUGUAGUGUUAGAUAAUGUUGAAUCACACACGUGUCCACACAUUGGGUGUUUAGUCAGGGAUUAUGAGUGCUUCCAAAAACAGCAUGGACUGGUUUGUGCUCCUCUAGCUACGAAUCUGGUAACACUCAUACAGGGUAACCUUAACUAUGUCCCUUCUCUCACCGCUUCCCACUGAUUCCAUGAUACCUGCACUGUUGUAAACUGCCAAGUAGAUCAUGGCAUCUUAUUUUAAAAGCCAUUGUAAGCACUUCAUGAAUACUUAAUGCUUUUGGUCAACGCUUUUGGUAUUUGGUGUAAAAGUAACAAGCCUUAAGGUAUGUACUGUUAUUAUAACCACAACUUAUUUAAAUACACAUUAAUUAGGAUGUGUUUGUGCAGUGCUUAUGACUUUAUUCUGCCUGUUUACUUAAUGA